AAAAGGUUUUUGUAUGGAAAAACACAGCCAUGGCGACUUGAUUUUAUUAGACGGGUCAGUUUAUUAAUUUUGGUAAUUAAAAAAAAUUGCUAUAUGGAAAAACACAGCCCUGGCAGCUCCACUGGGGAUCAAACCCAGAAUCUCUGGUUCCGUAGAUCAGCGCCUUAUCCAUUGGGCCGAAACCAGGCUAUCUGCCCAUAAGGAUUUACUUUAAGCAUACUCUUUCUCCUUUGCUCCGGCUACCAAAAUGAAAGGGAAAGGAAAGGAAGUGGGUAAUAUGGUUUCUCCUUUAAUAUGUGAUAUUUUAUUAUUAUUUCAAUUAUGCUGCUUUUGUAGCUGAAUUUGGUAGAAGCCAGCCAAAAGAAGUUGUUUUCUUUGUUCUUUUUUUGAGAAUAUGAAUGGAAUAUAGAAUCAGACACCACUCAAAUCGACAGACAAAAAAGCUAGGAAGCUGUGGUGUAAAAUAUCUGUCUUUCGGGGGUGAAUUGGAUUGGAUAUUAAAAGGAAGGAAAUGGGAAUGAAAAAGUCUUUGAGGAGCAAAGCUGUUCACUUUGUAACUGAUCUUACCACUGGCCUUCUUAACCCCAUUUCUGAUAAAUCCUCCUCGCCUCUCCACCCUCCUCCUGAAAAUUUGAGUGAGUCAAAAAGAAGCCAACUAGAGAAAGAGUUAAUCAGCAAGGAGGAUGGGGAUCUAGUUGAUGGCCCUGAUACGUCUUCUUUUACUGCAUUCCUCUGUUCACUGUUGUCUUCUUCGGAAUCAGGUCACGAUUUGAAUCAGGCUGAGCGGAAUGAUAAUCAAGAAGAAACUGGUGAUUCAUCCGACAACAUAAUGAAAGAGAAUGGUAGAAGGAAAAGCUUACUUUCUAGAGGUAAGCAAUCACUUAGAGCUCUUUACCAAGCUACUAGGAUCAGUGGAAACAAAAAUAAAGACAAGGGCGAUUCUGACGUGAAAAGUGACGAUGAGGGUGAUGCUAAGUUCGAUGGGAUCGAGAUGAGACAUAUGCAAAAUGUUAAGGAGCUUUUGGCUUUGGGAGAACUUCCUGAAUCUUCUGAACCGUCAUUGCUUCUUACAGAGAAAACAAGAAAUGCCCUUUAUGCAUCACUUCCUGCAAUUGUUCAAGGGAGAAAGUGGUUAUUGCUCUACAGUACAUGGAGGCAUGGUAUAUCACUGUCAACAUUGUACCGAAGAAGCAUGCUGUGGCCUGGUCUCAGUUUGUUGGUUGUUGGAGACCGUAAAGGUGCAGUGUUUGGUGGUCUGGUUGAGGCACCCCUAAAACCAACUAAUAAGAAAUACCAGGGAACAAAUAGUACCUUUGUUUUCACGGAUAGACCCGGGGACCCAGUUAUAUUCCGUCCUACAGGUGCAAAUCGAUAUUUCACUCUGUGUUCCACUGAGUUUCUGGCAAUUGGUGGUGGUGGCCAUUUUGCGCUCUAUCUAGAUAGUGAUCUCUUGAAUGGAUCUAGCUCAUUCUCAGAAACCUACGGGAACCCCUGUCUUGCAUUAUCUGAAGAUUUUGAAGUAAAGGAGAUUGAGUUGUGGGGCUUUGUUUAUGGAUCAAAAUAUGAUGAAAUACUUGCUUUAAGUAGAACAGAGAUGCCUGGAAUUUGCCGAUGGUAAAACACCCUUCGAGCAUGAUGCUAUUUUACUUCUCCCUUGUGAUCAUCGACUACUGGGUGAGUUCUGAUGAUUUCUCAUUUGGUACAAUCAUCCUUUUCCCGAGUCUCAACAUAAUUAACUGGAUUUGGAAUAUUUCGUUGUAUAUAUCCUUUCACUGUUUACUUAUGCUCGACUUGUAUAUACUUCUGGCAUCAAAGCUGAAUUGUGGCUAAAUGUUACUGAGAAUAUAUGGACAAGUCAAUAUAUUUUAUUUUCAGCAAA